AAAUUGAUUGAUGGUAGCUGAUGGUAACUCUGCUGUUUAUAAAAAUGAAGUAGAAAUGUCAUCUGUCAUUGUCAUUAUACUGAUAUCAAUUGAUAUUUUAAGUUGGAAAUUAAUGUAUGUAUCUCAGCCAUAAUGCGUUACCGGUUAUGUUUGUUUAUCAAUAUUAAUUGUUAGUUUUUGUGCUUAUUUAUAGUAGAAAAUAAUUUAUUCCGUAAUAAUAAUUUAUGAAAUUUAACGCUGUAAUGGUCAACUGGUCGUUAUUAAAAAAAUUAACAAAAUGGAUGGUUUAAGAGAAAUUAUAAGACGUUUGAUGAACCCAAUUCUACCCGAAAGAAAUAGAAAACGAAGAGCUUUAGAUUCUCCUCCAUGCUCAUCAUUUUUCGCACCUAAACCAAAAUUAAGAAGAUUACAAGGAGAUCCACUGAAAAAUAGUUUCGAUUUCGACAGAGAAUUUUACUUCGUACAACCAAUACCUUUAAGAAAGACUUCAAUUUAUAAAACUCCCUCCAGUCGUAAUAUGGAAACAGCUAACUUAAUUGAAGACGAUGAUGAAGAAGUAAUUAAUGUGAAAACUUUAAAUGGAAGUACAAACCUGAGUGAUAGGAAAUUUGGUAAAUUCACAUCAACUCCACAUAAUAGUACAUCUAAAAGACAGUGUAAUGAAACUGAUGGUGAUGUUUGUUUUGUUAAAGAAGUUUUGUCACCUAUGGCUAAAAAAUAUGAAGCUACCAAAAAAGGUCUAAAUUAUGUUAGACCAAGCUCUGGGGGUAUAUCCAAAUACAGAACUUCACAAAUUGAAAAACGGCUGAAAGAAAGAACAAACUUAUUCCAAUCAUUAUUGAAUGACUCUUCAAGUAGUAUACGUUUGAAUGACAAAAUGAUGUAUAGAAAAUUACUGCAAAAAUCAAAAGAUUUCUCUAAAUCACCGCUUUUUAAUUAUGAUACGGCAAAUAUAACAAGUGGGACAAUUGCUACUACAACGAAAUCAAAACUGGAGUCAUCUAACAAACAUUUGUCCACAAAAGAUGUAUUCAAAAAAGUACUGAAUAAUUGGAAAAAUGAUACAAUUAUUAUAAAGGAUUCAGAUUCAGAGCCUGAUGCGGUAAUUGUAAAUCCACCAUCUCCCAAGCCAGAUAUUAAAGUCGAUCCCAUUAACACUUUCAAGAAGGUUGUUGACACUGCUAUAGAAACCAGGCCUGAAUGGCUGGAAAAUUUAGUAAAUCGCCAUCAAAAAUUAAUAGCCGAAAGAAAAAAAGAGAUAGACUAUUUAAGAGAUUGUUCCGAGAAACAUGGGAAAAUUAAUAAAGAUAUGCGCAUGGAGGCACUGACUCAAAAGAUAAAUAAGUCUUUGCAAAUCAGAGAUGUCGUAUUACCUAUAGAAGAAACAGAAGAAGAUGUGGAAUUUCCCCCUCUUACUGAAGCUCACAGUGAAAUCAUAAAUAAGGCCUUCAGAGGAGAUCCAAACGAAAUUCUUUGCAAGAAAUUUAACUUGAACAUAACAAGGCGAGAUUUGUUAACUAUCGCCGGUUUAAAUUGGCUUAACGAUGAAGUUAUUAAUUUCUACAUGAAUUUGAUUAUGGAACGAGCAAAACACCCAAAAUGGCCAAAAGCUUAUGCAUUUAAUACAUUCUUUUAUCCAAAGCUAUUGAAAGACGGGCAUCAGUCAUUGAGAAGAUGGACUAAAAAAGUUGAUAUUUUUGAAUACGCGCUUAUUUGCGUUCCUAUACAUUUAGGCAUGCAUUGGUGUAUGGCCAUUAUUGAUUUUCGAGCAAAAUCUAUUAGAUAUUAUGAUAGUAUGGGAAGCAGUAACAAUAAGUGUUUAGAUGCAUUAAAAAAAUACUUAGAAGCUGAACAUCUAGACAAGAAGAAAAUUCCUUUUGAUACGUCUGAUUUUGAAUUGGAGAACGUCAAAGAUAUUCCACAGCAGAUGAAUGGCAGUGAUUGCGGCAUGUUCUCCUGUACAUUUGCGGAAUUUCUCACUCGAGAUGCCAAAAUUGUGUUCAGCCAAGAACACAUGCCGUAUUUAAGGAAGAAAAUGGUUGUAGAAAUAAUGACCGGUGAACUUUUGGUGAAGUGAAUCAAAUAACGUUUAUAUAUCUAUUUUUUUUUACAAAAAGUCUCAAAUUGAUAUAUGAUUCAAUGUACAAUUUUGAUUACAAGUUAUUUCUGUUUUUUUGGAAAUUUAAUGCCUUUAUCUUUCAUAUCAUAAUUUUUUUAAUGUUUAUUAUGUGAACCAUUGGUCUUUAUUUAUUAAAAUCUUUUUUAAUGUC